GUGUCUGUGAGAUCACUUGUGAUCGGGUUCAAAGGUUGUUUCGUUUCAGCAUCCUCGUGUUAGUGCUGUGACGCUGUAAACUUCUACUAUUGAGGAUCGAAUACACCAAUCAUGUCGUACACUUGCAUCAGCUGUCGUGUGCAGUUCUCUGAUGGCGAGGUCCAGCGGGCGCAUUAUAAAACAGACUGGCACCGCUACAAUCUGAAGAGAAAGGUUGCAGAUAUGCCUCCAGUCACCGCAGAAAACUUUGAGGUGCGAGUGCUGGCACAACGGGCCGCCGCUGAGCAGCAGAGCCAGGGCGAUGGACACGGAUCGGCCUACUGCGCCACCUGCAACAAAAAGUUCUCCACUGACAACGCCUACACCAAUCAUAUUCAGUCCAACAAGCACCAGCAGGCUGAGAGGAAAGCCCUGGCCGCCGCCCAGGAGACUGUCCAGCGAAUGAACGAGAAGAAUCUGGAGAAAGGGGCGGGGCUAGACAAAGAUGCACAGAAUGAAGCGCUUCAGAAAGCACUCAUGGAGCAGCAGAGACACACCCCCUCUAAAGCCACACCCACAGAGAAACGGGUCAGGCAGCGGCCCGAUAAACCGCCUCGCCUGCAGUGGUUCGAACAGCAGGCCAAGAAGAUCACAGAAGAGGAAGGUGAAGAAGAAGAGGAGGAGGAAGAAUGGGAGGAUGUUGAUGAGAAUAUGGAUGAUGAUGAUGAGGAUGAGGAUGAAGAGGAGAUGGAGGAGGCCUCUACAUCUGGGGCAGCUCUGGCCCCUGGUGCAGUCCCAUUGACAGACUGUCUGUUCUGUGGACAUCAUUCACGCACGCUCUCCCGAAACAUGGCUCACAUGACCAAAACACACAGCUUCUUCCUCCCAGAUAUUGAGUAUCUGGUCGACAUUAGAGGGCUUCUUUUAUACCUGGGAGAGAAGGUCGGUGUUGGUAAGGUGUGCCUAUGGUGUAAUGAAAAGGGCAAGUCAUUCUACUCUACAGAAGCAGUUCAGGCACACAUGACCGACAAGAGUCACUGCAAACUCUUCACAGACGGAGACGCAGCGCUUGAGUUCGCAGACUUCUACGACUUCAGGAGCAGUUAUCCUGAUGCUAAAGAUGGAGAUGAUGUGGAGAUGAAGGAUGGUGAACUGCCUGAUGAAAAGACUGUAGAUAUUGACGACGAGACGCUGGAGCUCACUUUGCCAUCAGGUGCUAAGAUUGGGCACCGCUCCCUAAUGAGGUACUAUAAGCAGAGGUUUGGUGUUCAGAGGGCACUGGUUCCUGCACACAACCAGAAGGCUGUUGGUCGAGUCCUUAAACAGUACAGAGCUCUCGGUUGGGCAGGAGAUUUCGGUAAGGGCUUCAUGAGCCAGCAGCAGAAGGACAUGCAGUAUGUACAAAGGAUGAAGUCCAAGUGGAUGCUGAAGACCGGCAUGAGCAAUAACUCCACCAAACAGACCCAUUUCAGACUUCAAGUCAUGUUCUAAAUCGGUAGACAUUAGACUUGAGCGUCAGUAGACCUCAACUUUUCCGAGUUAAUAACAGUAGUAGAGUCUAACAUGAGAUUCAUCUGUGUAUACUGAUUCAGCUGGGAUGUUAACUGCUGCUAAUAUUAAAUCAGAAUGACUUGGAAAUAAAACCAAUGUCACAAAUAAAGGUGGAACGUCAUACAAACGUGAUAUGAGGAAACAUUGUGCUUUAGAUAUCUGGAGAUCCAAAUCAUGUGCUGCUCAAGCAUCAAUGUGGGAUUGCUACUUUUGCUUUUGUAGAGUAUUCAUAAUGACCUUUAUUGUUUAAAAUCGUACUGCUUGUAAAAGAUUUAAUAAAAUAUAAAAAGAUACUAAUUAUA